UUAAAAAAUAUAGCAAAGCUGGCAGUGGCAGCAGCUGUACAUUUUGUGUUUGUAAAUUCGCAAAUUUAUCAAAAAUGGUGUUGUGAAAACAGUUUUUCGAAUAAUUUAGAUGUGAAACGCCUCAAACAAUGUCGAGUCGUCGUUCGAUACUCGGUUCAACUUUGGACACUUUGCCAGCGCCGUCAGAUCCAUUGAGAGAGUUGUUCGAAGCAUGCAAGACUGGGGAUACUGCCCGUGUAAAGAAGUUAAUUACACCACAAAAUGUGAACGCGAGAGACACAGCUGGACGGAAAUCCACACCUCUACACUUCGCUGCAGGUUACGGCCGUCGCGAAGUGGUAGAGAUCCUGACGGCAGCCGGAGCUGCACUUCAAGCCCGCGACGACGGAGGCCUCCAACCCCUACACAACGCCUGCUCCUUCGGCCACGCUGACGUGGUGCGAGCGUUGCUGGCAGCGGGGGCGCCGCCCGCCGCGCGCGACCACUGGGGCUACACGCCGCUGCACGAGGCCGCGGCUAAGGGGAAGCUCGAUGUUUGUAUUGCCCUUCUCCAGCAUGGUGCGGAUCCCAACAUCCGGAACAGCGAGGGCAAGACGCCACUCGACCUCGCUGAUGCAGCCACCAGGCCCGUGCUCACUGGCGAGUACUGCGCGGGCGACGUGCUGGAGGCGGCGCGGGCCGGCGCGGACGACCGCCUGGCCGCGCUGCUGACGCCUCUCAACGUUAAUGUGCACGCCAGUGAUGGACGACGGUCGACGCCGCUGCAUUUGGCUGCUGGCUACAACCGAGCGCGGGCGGUGCGACUGCUGUUGCAGCGAGGCGCAGAUGUUCACGCUAAAGAUAAAGGCGGCCUAGUCCCGCUCCACAACGCGUGUUCCUACGGCCAUUACGAAGUGACAGAGCAACUGGUGCGGCGCGGCGCGGACGUGAACGCCACGGACCUGUGGGCCUUCACCCCGCUGCACGAGGCCGCCAGCAAGGCGCGCCAGGAGGUGUGUUCGUUGCUUCUGAGUGAAGGCGCCGACCCGACGUUGCUGAACUGCCACGGGAAAUCCGCCUUAGACGUAGCGCCAACCAGAGAACUACAGGAACGAUUAGCUUUUGAAUACCGAGGAUACUGCCUUCUAGAAGCGUGCAGACUGGCCGAGCCGGCGAGAGUAAAGAAAUACUUGUCAUCGUCCAGCAAUCAACAGGGCUCCUCAAGCGCCGGUGUGCAGCCCCCGCCCGACGUGCAGUCGCUCAUCAACUUCCAACACGUCGGCACCGGGGACACGCCGCUACACGCCGCCGCCGCCUCGCCCCACGCCAAGAGGAAACUAGUACUAGAGAUGCUGAUAAGGAAGGGUGCCCGAGUGAACGAGAAGAACAAAGAAGGACAGACUCCAUUGCAUGUGGCCACGGAACACUCACAUUUGGACGCUAUGGAUCUGCUGUUGCGGCAUGGUGCGAAAGUGAACGCGUGUUCGACACUGGCGGAGGCGCCGGCGACCUCAACGAUGACUCGAAGAGACUCGGCGUGCCGCGCGCUGCUCGCCGCGCCCGCGCCCGCGCCGCCCAGCGACCAAGCGUGCGCCAACGCAGCCGCCCUCCGCCUUCUAGAAGCCUCCCGCAGCGGCGACGUGGAGGCGGCGCGAGCAAUACUGGACGCGCGGCCGAGGCUGGUCAACUGUCGCGAUGUGGAUGGACGACAUUCUACACCACUGCAUUUUGCUGCUGGAUACAACAGACUGGCGCUUGCUCAAUUACUGAUACAACGCGGUGCAGACGUCCAUGCAAAAGAUAAAGGCGGCCUAGUCCCCCUCCACAACGCGUGUUCCUACGGCCACGUGCAGCUCAGCGCGCUGCUGCUGCAGAGCGGCGCCGCCGUGGACGCGCACGACCUGUGGCGAUACACCCCCCUGCACGAGGCCGCCGCUAAGGGCAAGAGCGAUGUGGUGAAACUGCUGCUCAAGCACGGCGCGGACCCUACCCGCCGCAACCGCGACGGGCUCACCGCGCUGCAGCUCGCGCGGCCCGGCGACGCCGACACCGCCGAUGCGUUGCGUGGUGACGCCGCGUUGCUUGACGCGGCGAAGAGAGGAGAUGUUGCUAGAGCUAGGAAAUUAAUAACGCCACAGAAUGUGAACUGCCGGGACACACACGGCAGGAACUCGACGCCGCUACACCUCGCAGCCGGCUACAACAACCUCGAAGUGGCGGCCCUACUCCUAGAAGCGGGCGCGGCUGUCUCCCUCCGAGACAAGGGGGGUCUAGUCCCGCUCCACAACGCAGCUUCCUACGGCCAUGCGGAACUAGCGGCGCUACUACUGAGGGCGGGGACGCCCCCCAAUGCGCACGACAGGUGGGGGUUCACCCCCCUGCACGAGGCGGCGCACAAGGCGAGGACGCAGCUGUGCGCGCUGCUGUUAGCGCACGGCGCGGACCCGUAUCUCAAGAACCAGGAGGGCCAGACGGCGCUCGACCUCGCCACGGCUGAGGACGUGCGCUCUCUACUCCAGGACGCCAUGACGUCAUCAGCCGGGGCGGCCCCGCCGACGGUGGCGCCGCCGCCGCUGCCGCCGCCGCAGCAGCCUGUGCUGAUGCCUAGCGGGGAGACUGUCGCGUUGACUUUGCCUGUGGUCCCGAGCAACUACUGGGCGGAAGGAUCCCGCGGCGCGCUGGAGGACGCGGCGGGGCGCCCCGCGUCCGCGCUCUCCGCCUCCGAGUCGCUGCACACGCUGCUGGCCAGCAUCGGCCUAGAACAGCUGGCGCCGGCUCUAGAACGCGAGCAGAUCACUGUCGACAUCCUGUCGGAGAUGAGUCACGAGGACUUGAGGGCCGUCGGCGUGGCGGCGUACGGACACCGGCACCGCCUGCUGCGCGCCGCCAGCAGCUGCGCCUACAGCCAUGCCCAGAACUACGGCGGCACAACGCUCAUCGAUGUACCCGCGGGUGAAUGCGAGAGCGAAUACGCGAUCAUAGAGCGAGAGAUGCAAUCUUCUGUGAAAGCGCACCGGGAAUCGGCUGGGGGGAACUUCACGCAUUAUAAUGUUGUUAGAAUACAAAAGAUAGUAAACGGCCGUGUCUGGGAACGCUAUCAACACCGACGCAAGGAGGUGAGCGAGGAGGCGCGCGGCCCCCACGAGCGCAUGCUGUUCCAUGGCUCGCCCUUCAUCAACGCCAUCGUGCAGAAGGGCUUCGACGAGAGACACGCUUAUAUAGGAGGCAUGUUCGGCGCGGGCAUAUACUUCGCGGAGCACUCGUCCAAGUCCAACCAGUAUGUGUACGGCUUCGGCGGAGGCUCGGGGUGUCCUGCGCAUAAGGAUAGAAGCUGCUAUUUGUGUCAUAGACAAAUGCUCCUAUGCCGCGUGACGCUAGGCCGGGCGUUCCAGCUCCUCAGCGCUAUGAAGAUGGCGCACGCUCCGCCGGGACACCACUCGGUGGCGGGGCGGCCCUCGCAGGGCGGCCUGUGCUUCCCCGAGUACGUCGUGUAUAGGGGCGAACAGGCCUACCCAGAAUACCUGAUAACCUACCAGAUAGUGUGCGCAGAGCAACCUAGCGAAGGCGACGUAUGA